CCAUAUAAAUAUGCAAGCAUCAUAUGCGAAGAGUCACAUUCCCAUCACAAAGGCAUCAAUUCAAAAUAUCCCCAAAGCAUCAGUUCAUAAACACUAACCAAACAAGAAGCAUGGCUGGGAGAUCGCGAACCAAUGUAUCUACUAGUAUUUACGAGGAUUUGCAACCCCAAUGUGAACAAACGGAAGAGCAAGGAGCUUAUAUUCUACUUAUUCAUUUGCCAGAUUUCCCCAAGGAGCAAAUAAGCGUCACCUAUGUUAGCUCCUCCCGUACGAUUAAAGUGGAGGGAGAACGAGCACUAGAGAGGAACAGACGAAGUCGUUUCAAUCAGGCUUUCCCUGUUCCACAAAAUUGUAUAAUUGAAAAAAUUGAAGGAAGUUAUAGAAAUGAUGUUCUUACCAUCACAAUGCCAAAACAGACGAUUACUCAAGUCGGUCCUGUAAAAGAUGCAAGUAUCAUCAAAGAAACUACACCUCCGAAAGCCAUCAGCGAGAAAAAGCCCACGAAGGACCAAAAAGAAGCUACUCCUCCCAAAGCUGCUUUAACCUCUGGUUUUGAAAACCAAAGAGACGAAAAACUACAGCCCCCUCAAACCCCUCAAAAAGCAGCCAUAACUCAGACUAAAGCACCAACGGCAACGGUUCCUCAAAUUGCUCCUCCAAAAGCACAAACUAAUGGGAAGAAGGUUGAGGCUUUGCAGCCAUCAAAUCAACAACAAGAAACACAAAAGAAAGUUCUUCCAAUUGCAACAACCACAAAGCAAACCCAAGAAAAGACUGCAGGCUCUACAUCUGAAAUUGUUGAGAAAAAGGCUGAAAGUAAAGAUGGGUUGCCGAAUCUGGUCAAAGAAGAGGAAAGCGGCAAGACUAAAGAUUCCACCAUGUCUGAAACCAAUAUUCCAAAGAUUUCGGAAAAGGAAAAGAAAUAUGAUACGGUUUGUGGUGCCUUGGAAGAGAAGCCGAAGGAGGGUGGUAAAAGCUUCCUGGAAAAAGCCAAGGAAAUGAAAGGCAUGGAAACCAUAAUGAAGACCGUAAAGAGACUUGCGACGGACGAUUAUGAAGAUCGGCAGUUGCUGAUUAAUAUUGGGGUCUCCGUUUUGGUGAUCCUAGCACUUGGGGCUUACAUCACGUACAGCUAUCCAUCAUCUGGAAAAGCCAAAGACUAGUUCUAUGUAAAAAAAGGCCAGUUUCAUGGAAAUAUACUUCGAAGUUUGAGGGUCGGUUUUUAUGUACCACCAUUGCUGAUUCUGCUCUAGCGUCCUUUGAACAUGCAGCAAAGUGAAUACGACGCUAUAGAAUAAGCUGUUCUGCUCAGCUCUCUUAAACUUUUAUAUUUACCGUAACCGUUGUACCUUAAAAAUUAUCUUAAAAUGCAAUAAUUUCAAGAUUAAGCUCUGCUCUGUCUUCUAUUUUAUUUUAUUUUUAGUUUAAUAAAUUUGUAUGGAAGCUUAUCACCAUAUACUAAUUGAAAGUCUUCUUGGCAAAAAAAAAAAAAAAAAAAAAA